UUACCUAACCUGCAGGGAUUCAGGCUAGCAGUCAGUGCUGUCAGAUAUAGCAUCAGUGAAAAAAAACCCGUUAUCUUCUCCUAUUCUUAGUAAUGAAACAGUGGAUGUACGUCGUUGAUGCAACUUUCUCCAUGUCCUCUUUUUUCCGUAACUAGCGGAAGGUGCACUCUACAAUUAUGGAGUUUUGAAAAGGAAAGUGAGAAUUUUGGGGGGAAAGGAGGCCUUUCCCCUCAAGUUUGAUGGACUGCUGUAAGAGAAGGUCAGAGGGUUGUUGAAUUUAUUGCCUUUUGUAAAUUAUUAAGUAUCUUUAGAGGAAAAAACUAUUUUUGCAAACAUUGAAAUGUACAUUUUUGUAUAAAAAGCACAAGAGUUUUUGUAUUUAUUGAAUUCUCGAUGCCAUUGAAUGCAGGAAGCACCUUAGUUUGUGUUCAACUCUUGGUUGAGAUGGUCGACUGAAACAAGUCACAAGUGGGCUCUGGGGAUCGCUAGGGUGCGGUGGAACCCCAACACAAGCACAAUUCUAGCACUCCAAACCAUUUCCACCUUUUGUUGACACGUAUUUUUUUCUUAUAUAUAUUUUUUCUUCUUGGAGAGCAGCUAUAGUUCACUUUUUUAGUGACAGUGUUUUUGAUUUGUUACAUCGCAUGGUCUUGUUUUUAAAGUUGUUUUGCAAUUGUGGGUGGUGGGCUGUCAAGGGGACUUUGUUAGACAGGAGAGAGUAGGGUUCACGGUGAGGAUUUUGGUGGCGGUCAUCAUGAGUAUGGCAGUGCAGGACUGCACCCCCAAAUGCCGCUCACAGCAGCAUGCGGAAGAGGUGGUAGCGGCUCUGACCGGCGGCUCUGAGGGGCAGCUGAGGGCGUUCUUGAGCUCACACUGCUACAAUGCAGCCACCUUGCGGGAUGCCUUUGGUCGCACAGCCCUGCACCUUGCAUCCUCCCUGGGAAAGAAGAUCCUGCUGGAGUGGCUGCUGGUGAGCAAGAGUGCUGACCCGAUGGCGAAGGAUAAGGAGUCUGGCUGGACAGCUGUGCAUCGCAGCGCCUUCUACGGACAUAUCCACUGUCUCAUAUCUUUGGUCAAGCAUGGAGGACUUUUAUCCACACAGGACAAGGAGGGCCUCUCUGUUCUGGACCUUACAAUGAAGGACCGUCCAGCACAUGUAGUGUUCAAAAACACCGAUCCAACUGAGGUGUACACAUGGGGAAACAAUACUAACUUCAGUCUGGGCCAUGGUAAUCAGGAGAGCCGACAGCACCCUGAGCUGGUGGAUGUGUUUGCCCGGACUGGGGUUUACAUCAAGCAGGUGGUCCUGUGUAAGUUCCACUCAGUGUUCCUGUCUCAGAAAGGUCAGGUGUUCACCUGUGGCCACGGGCUGGGAGGACGACUUGGACAUGGAGAUGAACAGACUUAUCUGGUGAGACCUGUUGCAGCAAGGCUUUAUGCGGGCCACCCCAUUUAA